ACGAACCACGAAUCGAGGAGUUUAGCUUAAACGUGUGGAGAACUUUUAACGUUGCAAAAUUUCGCUUUUUUGCACCCCCAUCAAACACCAGCGGCCUGGUCUACACUUUCAUAUCCGUUCCAAACUACAAGAUGUUUAACAGACAGACGAGCCUGUGGAUGGGUGAUUUGGACCCAUACAUGGAUGAGAACUUCAUCAAGCAGGCCUUUAGUGCUAUGGGAGAAUCGCCAUUUGGAGUCAAGAUCAUCACUCACAGGAUAACAGGCGGUUCAGCAGGAUACUGCUUUGUGGAACUGGCAGAUGAAGCAAGUGUUGACCGCUGUGUCCAAAGGCUCAACGGAAAACUGGUUCCUGGAUCAAACCCGCCCCGGAAGUUUAAGCUAAACUAUGCCACCUAUGGCAAACGGCCAGAGGCGGGGCCGGAGUUCUCAGUGUUUGUGGGUGACUUGGCCUCUGAGGUAGAUGACUUUCAACUGCACCAAGUUUUCAAGAAGUACCUUUCCUGCAAGGGAGCCAAAGUGGUCACUGACCAGUAUGGAUACUCCAGAGGUUAUGGCUUUGUCAAGUUUGGGGAGGAGAGUGAGCAGAAGAAGGCGAUCGAGGAGUGCCAGGGUACGAUGCUGGGGGGGAAGCCACUCAGGCUCAGUAUUGCUGUGGCAAAGAGCCAGAAGAUGAGCAACUACCAUGGAGGCCAGGGCCAGAAUUACCAUAGCAACUACAGCCAGUCCCAGUCCAGUUACUAUGGCAGCAAUAGCAGUGGGGGUCAGGGGGGUUACUACUCUCAGUGGGGUGGCUAUGACCAGUAUGGCGCCUACAACAACAGUGGCUACAACAGCGGCUACAAUAGCGGCUACAACAGUGGGUACAACUAUAACUAUGGGCCCUAUGGGUACCCCCCACCAGGCCACAUGAUGCCACCACCUCCCAUGGGGAUGCCACCCAUGUCCACUGACAUGUCAGGAGCUAUAGAGCAGAGCCACGAGGAGGCUGGGGACAUGGAGGAGGACAAUGCAGAAGAACCCAUCCCUGACUGUGACGUGGAGCAGUGGAACAAAGAUUUUAUGCAGCGCAGCGAGGAGCUCUACGAUGCCAUGAUGGACAGUCACUGGGAACCCCUGGACUCUGUUAACUCCCCCAUCCCCUCCCUCUCUUGAUAAUUCUUCCUCUUUUGAUCUCACCCUAAUCCUUUUAUGAUUUUUGUACUCCCCAUAAAUCUGCCAUGACCCGACACCCCGUUGACACCUUCAAAGGGCCAGCUCCAGUUCACUGUCUCAGUGCUUAGUAACUGAUUGAAGACUGAGAGUCGUUCAAAUGUACUUGUCCCUCUUCAAGUACACACAAAUAUUCACUUGAUUUUAAUGUUUACCAUGUUGGUAAUAUUCAAGAAGUUGUUGAAUAAUCAGUGAAGUACUGUGUAGUGCAUGCCAUGACUCCUAAAGUUUAAGGGUGUAGUGCUGGACCAGCCGUCUCUGCUGUUGACCGGUGCACAGUAGCUGUAGCAAACCGAAUGUCAUGUCAAUUUUUCAAUAUUUAAUGAUGUCACUGAUCCGUGUUGAAAUGUGGCACCAGCAGAAGGUAACUUAGCUCACUGAAUAUGGCCCCAACUUUUUUUAGAAGUGAUUGUCUUGUGAAGACAAAAGUUAAAACUAUGCCUUAAUUGUCAUCAGCCAUGUUCUUCCUCUCAGUCUAGGAUGCUCAUUAGAAUGACUUUGUAUGUACAAGAUAUCAGUCUUUCUUGUUCAUUUUUUAAUGAAGGAAUUGUCCUUUUUUCUUUUUUUUUUUGCCUUUUUUCUGAUUUUUCUGAACAUUAUCUGGAUAGAAGUUAAAGUAUGGAAAGAUGCUGAUUUUGAACAGUAAUCAACCACAAAUUUAAUUUAUCACUGUUUCUGGACAGACUGUCUUUCUAUAUAAUAGAACAAUGGUACAACCUCCCGAUACCUUUGAGCGCUGUGAAACUGCAUGUAAUGAUUUUGUGAGGUUGACAGCUGAUUUGCUGUAUGAGAUGUCAAGGCAGCAUUUAUCCUCUGCUGUUUGACUGAUGUUUUGUAUAUAUUUUUUUUUUUCCUGAGACGUUUUAUCAAUAAAAUAAAUUUAGGAG